UCCAGUCUUACUUUACCUUCCAUCAAGCAGUUACUCUUUCAUAUCUUCCCCUCAAUUGGAGUGUUCUGUGUGACAGAGUCUCUCACAACCAAUCAGAUAUCCUCCAACGAGAGAAGAGAACCAAUUGGCCUCCAACAGUCAUCCCUCUUUAAGCGCCGCCAGCUCACAGCAGUAUCAGUAACACACCUACCAACGAACCCAACCCAACCCAACCCAGUCCAAAUGGACUUCAUCCUCGGGUCCCGCGUCCCCAAAGGCGGUGGCUCAAGCGGCAGCCGCGGCUCCAGCGGCGGCAGCAAAUCCUCAAAAUCAUCCAAAUCAAAGAGCGGAAAGAACAAGUACAAAGGCGGCGGCCGCGUCGGUGCCGCCGGCGGAGGCGGGGGCGGAGGAGGUGGAGGCGGCUUCAGCGCGCUUCCCCUCUGGGCCCGGAUCCUCAUCAUCGUCCUGAUUGUGUGGUUUGUUCUGUUUCUGGUCUCGCUCGCAUUCUACACGGUUAAAGAACUCAAGCGCAAAAAGGAAGGAAAGAAAUUCCGCAUCGGCCAUGUCCUCGGCCACGCCCUCCUCGUCUCCACGGGCCUCUGGAUCCCCUUCACGCUCUAUCGAAAAUUCAUUUCCCGGCGCAAGAACAAGUUCGGAGGCGGCGGCGGCGACAGCGACGAAACAAAGCGCUCCGCUGGUGGCACGUACGCCAAGAUUGAAGAGGGCAGGAGAUCCGAUGACACCGGCAACCGAGACUCUUGGUACGCCGGAGCCGGUGCCCACACCAACAACAACAACAACGGCACGGACAGCAAGUACGAACCCAUGGGCUACGCGCCCCAUUAUCAGUCCCCGUCCCCUGCUCCGCCCCCGGCCGCCGGUACUACGCCGGCUCCCACCGGCGCGGCGGCCGAGUAUUACAUGCCGCAGCCGCCUUCCCAGACGGCGCCGACUCAGCACCCGCCUCAGUAUAGUUGAAGGAUGUCCCGGUUCGGACUACAUCACGGGCCUUCUUCAAAUGAUGAUGGCUAGGUUUCUAUGAUGAUACGCCAUGUUUCAGCGUUUUUCUGCCUUCUUCUCUUCUCUGGAUCGAUACCCCUUUACCUCAAUUUAGCGUUGCUUGUGUUAGUAUGAAAGAAUGUACGUACGGUUGUGUGUCACAAAAUAGUAUAUAGAACAGAACCGAAAACUUGGCUGCUC